AGGGUGCUAAGGACAUUGUAUGACACUUUAUUUAAGAGACGAAGAAUGGACUGCGGAACAGAUAUGGGAAACCAUUUCCGAACGAAGCCGGGGAAGGCUGCCAUUACAAACUCUGGAGACAGCAUUUUUUCAACCCUUCAGGUAUCUCCAGCCGUUGCUGACGAGCCGUUAUGUUGCACGAGCAAAUCACGUUCCGAAAGAAGGACAACAAAUGCCACCCGCUCCACAGCAUGUUGUUGGGUACCAGCUUACCGAUAAGCAACGUAUUCGACGCUUUGGCACUGGCGUAUACUCUGUUCCUUCUAGUCCCAAAGAAUCGCGCCACCAUUACCGACGACGUCGUAGUUCAGAACCAUCUCGGCCAACUAGCACUCUGGAUAGUCGUAUUACGGCCGAAGCACGCCUUUCAAGGCAAGCGUCACGUGGUUCCAGACACAAAAAGGAUACCUGGCUCUGUUCGGCGUCUCGGCCUCCGCGCCGGCCAAGGACUUGAAGGAAGAACAGAUUUCCGAGCGGUUGAAAGCCUUUCCAUCCCUGCACCCGAGGGCCGAGAGCGGAGCGCCUCUGACGAGCACGGAAAAACACGGGUGGGCCGCUUGCGGGGAGAGUUUUCCUUACAUGGUGGUCGAGAAGAUUCAACCAACGUGCGAGGUCUUCACGGCGGCUGUGAAGAUCAGGUCCCCCCGUGCAAGGUUCGAUCGCCAGUGCACGAAUUGCGACCGUCUGCCGGUGGCACAGAAUAUUCCAUCUUGGGGGACACACUUGCCAGAUGGGGAAUGAUCACAGACGUCGUUGUGGCCGAAGGGGAUAUGUAUUGGGAAGAAGUGGGCAAGGAUUAUGGCAUCGAGGGGUUCUUGCCGACGCACAGCAACGGGUCGGAAGACGUUUUCCUACUGAUCUCAAAGUCAGGGGAUGGGUACAUAUGGUCCGCAAUCAUGUCGAGUCUGACAGCCGCGGGUCAUCGCUCGCUCCCAGUUAUGCGCUCUUGUCAACCUGAACCCAAUGGCCCGGCCAAAUCGCUCGAGGUCACUCGUAUGCACUGUGGAGUGUCACUAGAUGAUCUUUAGCAUGAAUAAACGGAAUACACCUAUGGCAAACUGUUGGAUACAGUACGUAGAGUUGUGACGCUCGGGGCCGCACAGUGAGAUCUCGAAUGAAUACAUUAGGGCGUUUCACUAGCCCACAUAAUCG